AUGGCUGAAAUGAACACUGAAGUUUCAGAGCCUAAAGACUGUAUCCAUCUACAGCCCUGGAGAGCCUUUAAAGCACAAAACAAGUUGCAACCAAGAUAUGACUGGCAUAAAUCAAAAGUACCUGCUGAGCUACAAAUCGUCCCGGACGAGAUCGUACUCCCAGUUAAACUCAAGGAAAUUCUCACCUGGUCUUUGAUACAGCCUCUACCAUCAUCACCCACCAGGCCCCAACAAAAGGCUGAUGACGAAGUCAAAGAUCUGAUUAUCACUCAGCACGGCGCGGAACAUGCUGAGGCUGCCAGUGAACGCUUGCCAACGGAGUCAACCAUUAGCGACAAUAAAUAUGAUUUAAAUUCGCUCGGCCCCUUGGCGGCCGUGGGAAAGCCAUCUGGACCCCAUAAACGACGACUACACGCGCAUCACAACAGUAUAGGACAAGGGUUGUUUACAUCAACAUUAGACUUGAUCAUCACCUUCAACCCGACGGCUGAAAAGGAUGACAGAACACAAACCUCGACGAAGAAGGCACCCCAGGUCGAAUGUGUCAGUUGCUUUGAAGAAUUUCCUCUCAGUGAGACACCGGUUCUUCCUUGUAGUCACUCAUACUGUCGGAAGUGCUUGAAGGAAGUGGUGCUGACAGCCCUUCGAAACGAGUCCAGCUUCCCACCAAAAUGCUGUCUCACAGAGAUACCGCUGCAGACUGUCUUGCUAUCGCUUGAUAGGAAACAAAGAGAGACCUACAAAGACAAGGCUGCGGAGUACGCCGUGCCAGUUGAGGAGAGAUGGUAUUGUCCCAACAGCAAGUGCUUGAAGUGGAUACCUCCGAGAAAAGCUUCACGUUUCAUGAGUUCCGCCGUGAGAUGCGGCCAUUGCUCCACGAGAAUCUGUGUCACGUGUCGUGGUCUAUCACAUCGGCGAUCGCAAGAAUGUCCACAGGACUAUGGUCUUGAAGCCACCUUGUCUCUUGCUGAGGCGGAGGGCUGGCGACGUUGUUUCAAAUGUCGUGCUAUGGUCGAGGUAUUCACCACGAACCCUAAUCCACUUUAUCCUGGGCUAAUGUUUUUGCAGCGUACUGAAGGCUGUCGACACAUGGCGUGUCGAUGUGGUUCUCAAUUCUGCUAUUAUUGUGGCAAGAAAUGGAAGACGUGUAAAUGCACGGAUAUGGAAGGAAUGCAGCACAUUGCACAACGAAGACAUCAGACCGAAAUGGAAGAAGCGAUCGCAACCAUGGAAGCUGAGGAAAUUGCUCGUGCCAUCGCAGAGGUCGAGGCCCUGGAGCAGCGUGAGGAAGAGGAGCGACUAAGAGAAGCAGAGACGCUUCGACGAGAACGAUUUAAGGAGGAAGAAAGGCUCAAGGCUGAGAAAUUGAAAGAAGAAGAAGAACUGCGACGAUUGGAACAGGAGAGACUGGAAGAAGAGGAGCGGAAGAGACUCGAGAAAGAAAAAGAGGAGAUAGAAUGCCGUCGUGUCCUUCGAAUCUCGGUUGACGAGCAGAUAGAAUUAUUACGGACAGCAUUUGCAGAACUCCGGCAGUCGCAGCAACACACACUCGAUAGCAGACACCUUCUCGCGGAGCAAACCCACGCAGAAGCCUGUGAAGUGGAAACCACAAGACAGAAGCAGAGGAGCAAGGAUCUUGUCACCAAAAUGGAGGCGAACAUUGAGAGACGAACCGCCAGCAUUGGAGAAAAACGCCAGUCAAUAUUAACGGCAUUCGAGAAAGAGUCGGAGCAAACAGAAGACGACAUGUUUCUUCAGAUCCAGCUUCAUCUCCAGGGCAAGCCGAACAAGGACGCCCGAGAGCAACGACUACGCGAUGAACUUGUGAAGCAGCGAGACCAAAAACUUGAGGCAAUCGACAAGCGGUUCGUGUCCGAGAUUGCGGCAUUGAACCAAAAUGCCACGAUGGAGAUUGGGAUACUUGAGCGGACUGCCGAAAGCAGACUUGCAGAGAUCAAAGCCAGAUACGAACAUGAGUUUCGAGAUAUGCUGGCCAAUGUGACCACUGACCGCGCCUGGUACGACUAUCUUCUGGAGCGACGUCAGAACAUGCUCUUGGAGAAUAGCCGAUUGAUGUUGGAGGCCAUUGACAACCAUCAGGAAGUCGUUGGUUUGACUGAGGAUAUUGCAAUGACCAUCGGGCCUUUCGCUGUUUCAGAGCCAUCGCCAGCAUCCAGUGUCACGGAGUCGCCUUCUCGGUCCUUCGUGGAGCUAGCUGAGCAAUCACAGACCCUACUGCAGAGUUUGGCUCCUGGUGAGGUUAUCAGUGCAGGCAACCGUGGAAAGAGGGCCAAUCAAACCGAGAAGAACCAGGCUUGGGAAUUUAUGACAUUGGGAAGCGCUCUAGCAAGUACGGGGCCCGUUCAGAGAUGGACAGCAGGCGGCAGCCAUCCGCAAUUGGGCCUCGAUUGCCCAUCGUUUCCCGUCACAAAAGCCCCAGCAUAUCAAGGAGACUUCACAAUGUCGGGAGCACUGAGUCCACUCGAUGAGCAGGCUUCAACAUCUCCUAUCCAUCACUCCCGACGCUUCAACGCCACUCCACCCGUGCCACCGAUUCCCAAGAUAUACUUGUCAGGUGAGGCGCAGCAAGCCGCCGAUGCAACCAGCUCAGUUCCAUUGUUUCAAAAAUCAAUGCCGGGGGAAGGAGUAUUGUCUGCGCAGUCCGGAUUUUCUCCAAGCGAGCACGAUGACCAUAAAUUCAUCGUCAUUCCCAGCCUGCACUCACGGCAGUCAUCUUCGGACAGUUCCGGCGCAAUCACGAACAGCAGCUCCACGUCCAUGACUAGCUUCGAUAGCAGCUCAGCGGCAUCGGUACAACAGCGCCAUAGCGCUGGAGCGGCCAAGCAGACUGCGAGACGAAUGUGGUCGUUCAGAAAUCUAACAGGUAAAGGGGCAGAUAAGUACACGGAGGAAGAAAUCAGAGAACGGAUGAAGCGCACCGUGGGCGAUGCUUUUGGUAUUUAG